UCGCAUGGUUUUACAAUUUCAAAAAGUAAUCAAAAAUCAAUAUGAAGUUUGAAACUUUGUUCCAAUUUGCAUGUUUGCUCGUCUUGCCUACGAAUAUAGUGAGUGCACACACCAAGGUGCCCGUGCUUUCUCUGGAUCAUAAGGGAAAUAUUACUAAAAAAUCUAUUCAAGAACCAUUGAGGUUUCUCCCCUUCAUAAUGCUAAUAGACCACAACCAGGACACGAGCGAGUACUGGCGGGAGACGGAAGUUCUCUCCCUGGUGAAGAAUAACGGUGCCAAUAUAGACUACGAGGAAUGUGAGAAGCGUAGCCCGGAGAAACUGCUUGUUCACAUUCCUACCAGAAGGACUGUUAGACCUAUCUGUAGGACUAAUAAUGAUUUCCAGCUAUGUCCGCAGUGUCCUCGUUUUAACAACUUCACUGAAUGUGAGCUCUUUCGUGAUUCGUGCAAGGAAAGCAGGGUCUUCCCAUCCGAGUACCGUACGUACUGCGAUAGGAAGUAUGGCAGGUGGAGGACCAUGUUCAUCCCUGCCGACUACGCGCAGUGCCGUUGUUGUGACGAAUGCGUCUUCUAUAGAGAAAUGGAUCAAUCAUGUGUAGCAGACGAAUACAACUUUGACGCCGAUGAAUUCUUGCCAGUCACAACAACUGAUUUCAGAGCGGGUUGCAAUCCUUAUUUGGGUCACCCGGAACAAGAAUACCGAGCGUUACGCUGUGACAAAAUCUUGAGGAGGUGUGUUCCAGUAACUGUACCUCCAUUACCGAGCGAAACUUUGAAUGUUCGUCGCAGCUUCCGUUUCGAGCCUCCAACAGACGGCAGUGACUGUCCUUUGUCGUGCCGAGGGGUUGAGUGUCGAGGCGGCCUGGUCCAGGAGCUGGAGUGUCCUGCGGGUGCUUUUUUGCCUGAUAAGGAGCAAUGCAACUGCUGUGGAAGAUGUAGCGCUUAUCAUCAGCUCAAUCAAAAAUGUGCGGAGUUUAAAAAGACCCGCAUAAAUGGGACCGACGAGACUGAGGUAGAAGAGGAGUUUCUGGAGCCGGGCUGUGAUGAUGGACUGGUGUGCAGACAGGGCAUCUGUCAAGAUAUACACUCCGUUCAGACGGCGGCUGGGAUCAGGAGGAAACGGGAUGAAAGAGUUUUGGAGGCUUACGAACCAUGCAAGAACGAGUUGAAAUACUUCAAGAAGAAAUACGGUAGAGAUGGUCACCUCCACUACAACGCUCCACAGUGCACGCCUCUGUGGCUCUACGCACCUGUCCAGUGUCGCCGAUUCGUUUGUUAUUGCGCCCUGGAAGAUGGCACUAUCAUACAAGGAAUCAAGGUACCACGCAUAGAGGUAUCCAACAUGAAUUGUGAUUGCGUACGAGAGAAAUGUCGUACAGGCGCUGACAUGGAGUGCGAUGGAUACGGCAAUUAUAAGAGGGCCACUUUUACUACCCACAUUGACCAGUGGAAUGAAGAGGUUAUAAAAGCUGGAGAUCCUCUGCAGUCUACAAAAGGCCAGGCUCCGAGGACUGGCUACGAAGCCGCGAUGCCCACUACGCGCAUAUGAUAUUAACCUAUACUGAACCAAUGUUAUGUUGACUUAGGGUGUUGUCUAUUCUAAGUUUGUUGACGAUCAAAGUAAAUAAAGGAACCUACUGUUAUAUAAUUUA